AUGAGGCUCAUCAGCCUUGGCAGCAUCAAGGUCAUUCACGACAUUCAGAAGUACACAUUCAGGCGCUCACGUGGAGGGCACAUGGACGAUGGUGGCUAUUCCAUGAAUUUUAACAUGAGUUCUUCCAGGGGACCUCUUCCAGUAAAAAGAGGACCACCACCACGAAGUGGGGGUCCUCCUCCUAAAAGAUCAGCCCCUUCAGGACCAGUUCGCAGCAGCAGUGGAAUGGGAGGAAGAGCCCCUGUAUCACGUGGAAGAGACAGUUACGGAGGCCCACCUCGGAGGGAACCCCUGCCCUCUCGCAGAGAUGUUUAUUUGUCCCCAAGAGAUGAUGGAUACUCAACUAAAGACAGCUAUUCAAGCAGAGAUUACCCGAGUUCUCGUGAUACAAGAGAUUAUGCACCACCACCAAGAGACUAUACCUACCGUGAUUAUGGUCAUUCCAGUUCACGUGAUGACUAUCCAUCAAGAGGCUAUAGUGAUAGAGAUGGAUAUGGUCGUGAUCGGGACUAUUCAGAUCAUCCAAGUGGAGGUUCCUACCGAGAUUCCUAUGAGAGUUAUGGUAACUCACGUAGUGCUCCACCUACACGAGGGCCCCCGCCAUCUUAUGGUGGAAGCAGUCGCUAUGAUGAUUACAGCAGCUCACGUGACGGAUAUGGUGGAAGUCGAGACAGUUACUCAAGCAGCCGAAGUGAUCUCUACUCAAGUGGUCGCGAUCGGGUUGGCAGACAAGAAAGAGGGCUUCCUCCUUCUAUGGAAAGGGGGUACCCUCCUCCACGUGAUUCCUACAGCAGUUCAAGCCGCGGAGCAAGGGCCCGCCGGUCUCGGCCGCACCCGCUGACUGCCCACGGGGCUCAGGGGUCUGAAUGGCGGGGAUCUGGCGGGAGGCCGCUGUCCCAAGCCCGGCGUAACGGCUGCGCCAGGUCAUCGGGAGCCCACGUUGGCCCGAUCCUCGGAGGCGCGGGCACCACCCGCAGGGCCAGCGGGAACGCGCAAGCCUGCGGUCCGGCGGGAGCAGGGAGCCGGGAGAGCGCCAAAGGCUGGGCGAGGGCCGGGGACUUGGGACGCCAAGGCAGCUUCUGA